UUACUCCACAGAUUGAUAUGCUCAACAUUUUUGAGUUGUUAUAGUUUUGAAUAAAAUUUUUCCCUAAGGUGAUAUUUCUCAUCUCUUGUAAAAAAAAAAAAAAGAAAAGAAAAAAAGCACAAUAUCAUUUAUACAAAAAAACAUUUUUAACUGGAAUGAAAAAUGACAGCACCAGUGAGAAAUCUUGUUAGCAUGGAGCACGUAAAUUUAUUGUAUAUGUUGUUAUCAUGAACUGGCAUAAUUAAAACCGGACGUACGGUGUCGGUUCCUAACGUUUUCAUGUGAAUUAUUUUUUUUUAUUUUGAAGGUCUUCACCGGAGGUCCCGCCUCUCCCGCUGGUGAGCUUGACGGCGGAGAGACUCCAGAAGAAGUAGAAGGGGGACUGAGCAAGCCGGAGGCAGCAAGACUGGAACAAGCCUUGCAGUCUCAGUCUCAUGCUUCGACCAGGACUCUUCUCCUCCUGUCCGUUGUCUCAGAUAUAUCGUUUUUAUCGUCAUAUUUAGCCACAAAACAGGAAAGGGGGGAAAGAGAGAAGCGUGCCGAGUCAUGGAGCUUUAUUGCCUCGAGUCGGACUCGGUGGUGAAAGCCCAGCCUGACCCAAACAUCCUCAAUGAUCACAGAGUGUUGCAAAGUCUAUUAACCAUCGAGGACAGGUUUUUACCUCAAUGCUCAUAUUUCCAGCGGGUCCAGAAGGAAAUUCAGCCUUAUAUGAGACGAAUGGUUGCAGGCUGGAUGCACGAGGUGUGUGAGGAGGAGAGGAGCAGUGAAGACGUUUUCCCUUUAGCUAUUAACUAUUUGGAUAGAUUCCUAGCGGUGAUGCCCACAAGGAAAAGUUUCCUGCAGCUUCUGGCUGCUGUGUGUAUGUUCCUGGCCUCCAAGUUGAAAGACAGCAGGCCCCUAUCAGCAGAGAAGCUUUGCAUGUACACAGACAACUCCAUCACGCCGCUGGAACUGCUGGAUUGGGAGCUGGUGGUGCUGGGCAAGUUGAAGUGGAACAUGGCGGCGGUCAUCCCCAAUGACUUCGUGGAGCACAUCAUACGCCGUCUGCCCCUCCCCAAGGAGAAAGUGGCCAUGGUCCGCAAGCACACGCAGACCUUCAUCGCCCUCUGCGCCACAGACGACCGGCUCGCCAUGAACCCCCCCUCCAUGAUCGCCAGCGGCAGCAUGGGGGCCGCCGUCUGUGGCCUGCAGCUAGACCACAGCGACCAGAGGCUGGCUCGAGACAACCUGACCGAUCUGUUGGCCAAGAUCACCAACACAGAAGUGGACUGUCUGAGGGCGUGCCAGGAGCAGAUCGAGCGCGUGCUGGCCGCCAGCCUGCAGCAGGAGAACCGGGGCGGCGGGGUCACCAAGUCCAGGGAGCAGCAGGACCAGUCCAGCACCCCGACAGACGUGCGCGACGUCAACUUAUGAACUCCCACGUCUUCCCCGUGAGGGGGAGGGAGCUCCAGCGACAAUCCAUGAACUUUUAGCAUUUAAGAAAUUUCCCCUUUUUGUUUGCCCCGCCCCCCUCCCUUCACUCACUUGUUUUGUAUGUGCCACAUGUAAUCAAACAAGGUAUUUAAGAAUCUUGAAACUUGAUAGUGCCUUAGGUUUUCCACCGUGGAAACCUGAAUAUAUUUUCAUACUUGAAGACAAAUAGCUUACUUUUAUGAAAUAUACAUAUUUCUUUUGACGGCAAAAACUAUGAUAGUGUAUGUUAGCUAGUAUUUACUUGUUACUCAUUUUGCAUCUUAAGCGUACAGUUAAUCACUCACAGUUUCAUGCGGGGAUUCCACCUGAGCAUUGAAAGCACCACGUUACGCGGAAGCGGAGCAGCAGGCUGGGCCUGCUCACACGGGAAGUCGUCACGUCGGCGGUCCGGGAGAGGCGAGGGUGGGUAGGUGUGUGUGCGCGCACGUGUGUGUUUGUGGAGAAAGGAGGAAGAGUCGCAGGUUUCAUGAAGGUGGCGAGGGCACAGACGCAGGUUUUGAGUCGUGACAGUAGAGUUGUGAUGGACGCUCGGGCCAAAAGGGCAGGAAUGUAAGCUAAAGGCGUCGCUGCAGGAGGAGGACGAACUCCAGGUUUCGACGUCCCGGGAUGCUGUUUAGCAUUGCUGCAGUUUCUCCUAUCACCAAGUUUUGGAAUUUUGGAGCGAGGAGGGAUAGAAACGACAUUGAUGCACUUUGAAAACACACUCCUUAAGAAUGCUAAGGGGAUGGUGGGCGAGGAGAGUUCAUUUGGUGUAUUCGGGGCUUUUUUUCAUUUUCAUUUUGGUUUUGGUUUUGGUUCUAGUUUUUCCUAUAAGUUAUUUGAUUUUCUUUUUUUGGGCUGGAUUCCCACAGGGUCAUGAAAACUGCACCCCCGGCAGGUGAUCGACUACACACAGAAUAUUUCCUUUGAAUAUUAGCAAGUUAUUUAAUCGUACUUGAAUUGUUCACUCAUAGCCAAACCUUCCUGUAGUUCUGAAUAUCCUGUCUUUAUUUGACUCUUUGUCAGCUCCUUCUCUUCAAUGUGUGACCGUUGUACAUAUCACACAUUUGCCCCAAACGUCAUUUGCUUUAAUCCUGAAAUGCGUGUGUUUGCUUUGAAAAGAUGUCUAAGGGGAAAGAGCUCAUUCCAAAGUGACACGUUUCUACACGUCAUUGUCUUUGCUGCUACAAAGCUUUUCUUUUCUAGUCUUAAACAAAGAUGCCUAAUUGUGAUUCAGUCGUUUGCUGCUAUUAUGUAUUACUUUUUUGUUGUAUACUUACGAGUCUUUUUUUUGUUUUUUUGCUUUUUUUGUGUGUGAGUCUUGUAAGUGUACUGGAGGGAACGUCACAGUUUGGUGCGGGACUGGAAGUACUCGUGUUUUGCCGAUCUUUGGAUUAUUCCUGUUUUGUGUAUCUUUAUAAUCUGUUGUAUUCUUGCUGCUUACCUGGUAAUUGUUUGUGUACCUCAGGUAAUUUGGACGGAUAGAGCGUUACCUCAUCACACUUUGUCACACACGUUUUGUUUCAGAAUUUUAGGGAGCAGGAUGCUUUGUCUUUUUAAAUAAUAAAAAAAAAGAAAAUGCCUGCUAUCAGAUUCCAAAAAAAUCCCCAAGACAUUUCACACGUGUGGUGCUGCUCAAAACGCCCUGUACUGUAUGAUACAUCCAAAAGAACAAAUUAUUUUUCUUUCCAUCCUUUGACUUCAGCUGCCUGUUUCAAAUCAGUUCGUUGGAAUUAAGUGGAAUCUUUUCUUUUGAGGUACCACCAGAAUGUUGUUUGGUGUCCCCAUUUGCAACCACACAGUGUACCUCAACAAUUUAUCAAUAAAUUGGCUAA